CUUGUUACCAACCGACGUUGCACCAAUUAUCAGACGUUUGCCAUUUCGUUACAACGUAGCUUGUUCUCCAUUGCAGUCAUUCAGAGUAAUUCAUUUGCUAACACAGCAUACAAUGUCCGAUACCGAGCAAAACGAGUUAAAAGGUGGACAUCCACCAGCAAUGAAGGUUGGAGGAAAGCGGGUUCCACUUCCCAAACAUCACGAGGAAAAAGCCGAGGCACCGAAAAGUGCAGAGGAAACAGAAGACAAAGACAAGUCUCCGAGUAAAACAGUUGUAAUUUCUGGUGCUGAAGUCAAAGAAAAAGAGGUUUAUUCUCCAGAGGCAGCCAAGGCCAUUCAUGAGAAACCUGUACCAACUCAUACACAGAAAGAGCCUGGAUUUGGCCAACAUGGAAAUAGACUAGGUUUCAUUCAGCAACCUCGUAAACACUGAAAACUUGUUUCGUUUCAGCUGAAUGCUCAUUUCAGAUUGCUCCCAGAACAUUUGUUCAUUCCACUGUUGUGGGCAAUCCAUACUUUCAGACAGGUUGUGUUGUUUUUCCCUACCCCUAUCUUUUCUUUAUUGUUUGGUUGGCAAAAUUUUGGUUGUUUGUUAUUUUCAGGGUUUAUACUUUUCAUCCUUAUUUAGAGGGCGAAAAUGAUGACAACUAUUCUUCUCUCAUUCAUUGAUGUUUAAUAUAAAAUUUAAAAAGAAAUGGUAAAAGGGAGGAGAAUACAUUUACCAGUCAUCAAAA